AUGCCCCACCUGCCGCGCGUACCCGCCUUCCCCAUCGUGGGCGAAAACUCGCUCAUCACCAGCGGCGGCUCCUCGCUCCGCAUCCCCGCAAAGGAAAAGUCGCACCCCUUUAUCGGCAAACUCGCCCCAGAGAUCCAGCUCAAGGACCACAAGGGCCGCACCGUCUCCCUCCACGCCACCAUCGCCCUCGGGCGGCCCAUUGUCCUCUACUUUUUCCCCCUCGCCGGCUCCCCGCACUGCACAAAGGAGUCGUGCUCCUUCCGCGACGCCCUCGGCGUAUCGCCCAUCUUCAACGACCUCAACGUCAUCGUCAUCGGCAUCAGCCAGGACCGUGCAGACCGCCAGCGCAAGUUUGUCGACGAGCACCAGCUCAACUUCUGCGUCCUCCACGACGAGGGCAGGGAGGUCAUGAACGCCUGGGGCGUCGGCAGGACCAUGCUCGGCCUCGUCGACGCCCGCUGCACCUUUGUCAUCGACCACCUCGGCACCGUGCGCGCCAUGGCCGAGGGCGUGUGGGACUAUGCCGGUCACCUCCGCUUCGCAGAGAGCUGGCUCGUACGCAUCGAAGACGACCUCGCCGGCCAGGAGCGCUUCUACCUGCCCCUGCCCCAGGACGCCUCGGGCAUCGAGCCCGCAGGCCUCGAGGGCGAGGCCCCCGUCCGCGUCAUCUACGUCGACGGCGGCAACUCCAACGCAGCCGGCGUCGGCGUCGCACCGCGCUACGGCGCCGCACCCCUCCUCGCCAAACGCCAGCACCAGCACCAGAGUCAGCAUGCCGCCAACAGCAACAACAACAACAACAAUAACAACAUCAACGGCGACGACCGCGACCGCGACGGCAGCGGCGACUCGCCCCGGACGUCGGCGCUCAAGAGCUCCAAGUCGAAAAAGAGCCUGCGCGAGUGGUUCUCGCCAAAGACGAGCAACGGCGCCGCCACGUUUGACGAGCCGCUGCACGUCGAGCGCAGCCUGAGCGACAUGCCGGCGCCGCCGCCGCCGCCCAUGCCCUCGCUGCGCCACCUCUCGCACCACUCGGCCAUGGAGCGCAGCAUGAGCGCGCGCGAGUUUUCGGCGGGCGAGUCGUCGACGUCGUCGGACCUCUACGGGCCCUCGACGGCCGAGACGAGCGUCGGCACCCACCACAGCCGCAACGGCAGCGAGAGCCUGGCCCAUCAGCAGCAGCAGUCGAUGGCCAACUACAUCCUCUCCAAGCGCGAGAACCGCUUCCAGAACGGCAUCAGCGGCACCGGCAGCGGCAUGGCGGGCAUCGGCGCUGGCGCCUACGUACGACCGCAACGCAAUAGCGGCACGUCCAACGAUACGACUUCCGACAGCGGCUCGGCCGGCAUCGGGCGGCGUUCGCCCGCCGACCGUCCGCGCAGCCGCCAGUCACGCGGGCCCGACGGCGUGCCCUACGACGCCUACGAGGAGAGCACCCUGUCGCUGAGCCCCAUCACGGCCAACGGCUCGCACGGCCUCUCGCCGCCGCCGCCCAUGUCGGCCAAGGCUCCCGCGUUCCCCACGACGCUCGACAUGCCCUACUACCGCCCGCGCACCGCCGACGAGAUGCGCUCGCGCCGGUCGGGCUUCUACGACUGGACGCCUGCGGCCAGCAGCAGCAAUCGCCGCAAGAGGCCCACGGCCGCCAACGCCGACGCCGACGGCGACCACCACGCCAACCUCGACGCGCCGGUCGCGGUCGCGGCCACGACCGACCGGAGCGACGUCGAGGAAGAGGUGCCCGACAUCCUGACGGCGCGGCGCGUGCUGGUGGCCAAGAAGCUGCCGGAGAGCCGCUCGGCGACGCGGCUGUCGGGCGAGAGCGUAAAGUCGCUCGGCGCGCGUGCGGCGCGGCGGCAGUCGAUGAGCGACCGGAGCAGCCUGGUGGCCACGCCGGUGCAGCGUUCGCCGCCGCAGCUGCCACGUCGCAGCCCGGACCGCAAGGUCGUCGAGGCUCUGCGCGGGCUCGGCCUGGCCACGGGCAGCGAGAAUGACGAGGCUGGCGGCGAUGGCGAUGUCGAGGACGAGCGCGGUGAUCGUCAGGGCCACGACGGCGACGACCACGACCACGACCACGACCACGACCACGACCACGACCACGACCACGACCACGACCACGACCACGACCACGACCACGACCACGACCACGAUGAAGACGAGGAUGCAACGACGAGACGGCAUCGGCGCCAUUCCUACGCACCGCCGCGCGCCCCCUCUGCCUCUGCCGCUGCUGCUGCCGCCGGGAUCGAGGCGGGCGGAGGAGUGUCGAGCAGUCCGAUUUCGACGCCCUCGCUCGGCGGAUCGCCACCGACGGUGCCGUCGUCUCCGAGCCUAGCGCUAUCGCAUUCCGGGUCGCAGCACGGCGAUGGCGAAGACGGUGGCGGGGGUGCGGGUAUGCCGCGGUCGUUUUCGGCGGCGUCGAUGAUGGCGUCGCAGCGCCGACCCUCUCUGCCCUUUGCGGCGUCGUCGUCGGUAUCGUCGGCAUCAAAGCGGGAUACGAUGCUCUACAACGCCACCGCUCCCUCGACGCGGGCCCAUUCCCUCGUGGGCUGCAGCGGCGGCGGCGGUGGUGACGAUGACGAGUCGGAAGAGCACGAGGCGUGGGAACGCCGUUCGGUCGCCGAUAGCUUUGGCACGUUUGGCGGAAGCCCCAAAUUUGAGAGGCAGUGGAGCAUCUCUUCUGCGUCCGGCGUCGCUUAUGGUGCCGUCGCUGCUGGCGGUGGUGGUGGUGGUGGUGGGGGGUUGGGGAUGGAGGUGGGCGAGGAACCGGAUCUUGGUCCCGUCUCUGCGGGACAGGGACAGGGGCAGGGGCAGGGGAGGAUCUCGCCUCCUCCACGGUUUGAACUUUAA